UCAUUAAAGACUCGUUUAAAAUGAACGAAUCGUUCCCUAUUUUCUGUCUAUGACUUAUUUCCUUAGUCUCUCUCCCUGCUUUAUUUUUUGUGAUGAAAAAUUAUUACAAAUAAUAAUAUCUGUAUUGCCAAAGCAAUUACAAACAAAUGGUAUUAAAUGCUCCCUCCAAAGAUGUUGUGCGACAAAUAUGCAUGGACAGUUUCCCGGCGCAAGCGCACAAGUCGCAGAGUCUGAUGGACAGAACUGCUCGAGCCCUGUCUGUGUCCAACAGUGAGGCCAUUCAGGUUCUGACGGCAUUUCAUUUGCUGUCGCAUCAUGUGAUCUUCCACAAUUUCACAGCACCGGAACAAAUCCAGUCCGUUUUCCCAGCAACGUUCCACUCGAACCUCAAAAACCUUAUCACCAAGAUCCUGCUGGAACAAAGUGUAACAUGGAGAAAUGAGGCUUUGUCCAGUCAGAUCUCUUUGCCUCAGCUCAGAGAUUUGGAAUGGAGGGUGGACAUGAAGACGGCGUCUGACUCCGUGAGCCGCAUGGCCGUGCCUACCUGCAUCCUGAACAUGAAGAUCCAAGACGAUGGCAACGUGAGCAGCAGCCCUAACGAGUCUUCAGUCACUGUGGAACUGAGCAAAGAAACACUGGACACGAUGCUAGACGGCCUGGGACGCAUCCGAGACCAGCUGUCAGCCGUGGCGGGGAAAUAACUGGAGGGGAUCUGAACAUUAGUGUCAUUAACAAAUCAUUUACAUUUGUACAACUCACACAGUCAGAGUACUGGGGUAUGGAAUGAGAGAUUUAUAUACAUUUUCUUGUCAUGAAAAACAGCUUGUUUAUAGUUACGUGUACAGAAUAUACAAUUAUUUGCCUAAUGAUUUGUAACCAAUAUUGAAUAUGAAUUUGGGAGAAAAUGUUUUUUCUUCUUAAAUAAAUGCUGCAUUAAAAAUA